UUGAGCAGGCAGCUGGUACUAACACUGCUGGACUCAGGGUGAAGGCUGUUCUGUCAUGAGGUUGGCUGUGUUCUUCUCUGGGGCCUUGCUGGGGCUACUAGCAGUGACACCUAUAGCUACAGAAAGCACGUCAAACCCUGGAACAACCAGCCACAGAACUACCAAGAGCCACAGAACCACCACUCAGAGACCCACCACCACCACCACGCAUACAACUAACACCACAGGAACCACCAGCCGCGAGUCCCCAACAGCCACUCAUAGUCCUGCUACCACCAGCAGUCAUCAAAAUACUACAGUUCAUCCAACAAGCAACAAUGCCACUCUGCCCUGCUGCCCUGAGUCUUCCCGGUCACCUCCCCAGGAUCCACCGCAGAGCGCUGUCUACCUGAACUUUAUGGCUGUGGAGUACAACGUGUCCUUCCCCCAGGCAGUGCAGUGGACAUUCUCAGUUCAGAAUUCAUCCCUUCGAGAUCUCCAAACCCCCCUGGGCCAGAGCUUCAGUUGCAGAAAUGCAAGCAUCAUUGUUUCACCAGCUUUACACUUAGAUCUGCUCUCCCUGAAGCUACAAGCUGCUCAGCUGUCCCCCUCAGGGGACUUUGGACCAAGUCCUCUGGAGACACCGAGAGUACAGGAGGUGGAAAGUUACACCGCCCACACCCAACGCCAUUUUGGAGACUCACGCCCCUUCUCUCUCAACUUCGAACAAUGUAGUAAGCUGGAAGAAGACAAGAUGGCGCCGAGUAGGUGGACAGAAAGGAAGCUGUUUCCAUUUCUUUCAGAAUGGAUGACUGGCCUCCCUGGUCUGACAGUCCCCAAAGACCACAGUACCUACAGGACCACACAGAUACCACCCCGGAAGGCCUGGGGGCGGCCUCCUGUGAGUGCAGGCCUCCUUGGACUUUGGGCCCUGUGGCGCCUCCCUUCCUGGGCCGCACCUCCAGCCUCAUCCACCACAACCCACAUCCACAGCUCCCACUCCAACCUCCAGGGCAGCCCUGUGGGUCAGAAAGUUGAAGUCCCUUGA